CCACCACUAUAAUCGCAUUCAUCAUUUUUCUCAACAAAUUCUACUUUCACUAUAACUCUUUUUUUUUCAUGGAUUUCCCGGCUAACCGAUUCUCCGGCCUAAUCCCGGCGACUUUUAGUGCCGUUGUUAACUCGUCAUGUCCUCUUUUAGGCUUCAUCGGACGACUUUCUCCGGUCACCGGUGCAGCAUCUGCCGCCGCGAUUAUAAUCGUGACCGUCGCUCUACCGGGGUUCCUUUACUUGAAGAAUAACAAAAAUAAACUUCCUGAUGAACGACACAAUGUCCGUGGCGAGUCGACGCACGCUCCGACGUUUGACCCUCUUCUGAAUGAAUAUGUUGGAGGACGUAUAAGUGAGAUAGAUGUCUAUUUUGAUGCUGAAUAUGCAGAAGAGUUACAACUUCAUGAAGUUUUAGUAGCCUCACUUUACACUGGUCAAAGCAGUAAUCAUGCAUCUGUAUCUGCAGAAGGACUUUUGUCUGAAACAGAGAUGUUGAAUCUUGAAAAAGAAGGUGAAGAUCAACUUAACAACUUCUGUGAGAUUUGCUUGGAUGACAAAGAAGGAUGGGAGAUGUUUAAAAAUGACAGUUGUUCUCAUUCCUUCUGUUAUGAGUGCACUGGCAAGCAUAUUAUGGCAAGGAUAUCAGAGAAAGCAAAUGUAAUUGGUUGCCCUGGAGUAAGUUGUGGUGUUGCUUUUGAUGUUAAUGCUUGUAGGUUCUUGAUUCCCGAAGAGGCACGGAUCCAGUGGGAUGAAUCGGUAUGUCAGUCAAUGAUUCUCGACUCUCAAAAACUGUACUGCCCUUUCCGUGAUUGCUCAGCCCUGUUGGUUAAUGAUUCUGGGGAAAGUAUAGAAAGGAAUAAAUGCCCUUUGUGCAAGAGAUCAUUCUGUGUAGUAUGUCGAGUUCCAUGGCAUUCAGAAUUUACAUGCAAAGAAUUCCAGAAACUGAAUGCCAAAAAGAGGGGCAAAGGGGAAGAAAUGGUGAAGAUACUUGCCAAGAAGAAAAACUGGCAGAAAUGUCCUAAUUGUAAAGUAUUUGUUGAGAGGACAGAGGGAUGCAUUCACAUGACUUGCCGGUGUGAACAUGAGUUCUGCUACAGUUGUGGUGCAAAAUGGACUGCUUCUCAUUAUUGCCGUAAAAAAUGAUCUUACGUUUGAAGCUC